UGCUUCCCAACAAAAACCUAUGUUAAUCUGUUUUCUCAAAACGCGUACAAUGCUAAGUCGUGAAAGCGUUUCUAAUGGCGAUCUCUCUGCAGAUUCACAUAUUUGAGUAGCCGUUGGAAUUUUACUAUUUCGCUCCCACUCUCACUCUCACUCUUUUUUUUUGGCUGCCGAAUUAAUCUCAUAAAACCUGUUCAAUUUUCGUUGAUCUUAUCAUUUGGGAAAUUCUCACAAGCUGUUGCAGAUGCAGAAAUUGUGUGUGUAUGUUGGAGUGAGUUAGAGGUUGGCAGAGCUUGGUUACGCUGAAGGUGGUCCGUGUUGGCUUGGGGAUGAAAUUAUUUUGAUCCAUUUGAACUCUGAGAGGAAGGCAUUAAAUUUUCACAUGGGGUAUUGGUUAAAGAUGGAUGCUGGACUGAGUCACACUUUACAUCCUGGACCCAUAGACGAUUCCAUACUUACUUUACAGGAUCAUCACAGAUCUACCGCAAUAUGGGAUGGUCAGGACUUUGAGCCUCUGACCUGUAGGAGAUGUGAUGGCCACUUCUGGCGUCUUGGUGCUUUGGACCCUCAAGUGCAGCAACUCAUGCUGCAAGCAGGUUUUUAUGGGGUGUACAAGGCAGGUCGUAUACGACUAGAUCAUGCUUUGAUAACAGCAUUGGUCGAGAGAUGGCGCCCAGAGACACAUACUUUCCAUUUGCCAGUUGGUGAGGCCACUGUUACCUUACAGGAUAUUUCUGUGUUGUGGGGUCUACCUGUAGACGGUGAUCCUAUCACUGGUGUCGAUACAAAUCGGUCUAUGGAGGAGUGGCAGGAUAUAUGUAAUGAACUUUUAGGAUUCAAACCACCUCCAGAGGAUUUUGAUCGUGGCCGUCUUAAGAUCCGAUGCUUACAGGAGAGAUUUAAGACAUUACCUGAAGGUGCAUCAAAGGAUACAAUGCAGUUUUAUGCUAGAGCAUACAUUUUGCAGCUUCUUGGGGGGCAAUUAUUGUCAGACAUGUCUAAUAAUAAGGUGAAGUUGAUGUACUUGCCCCUGCUUAGGGAUUUUGAGGCUGCUGGCAGACUAAGCUGGGGUAGUGCUGUGCUCUCUUGUCUUUACCGUGCUUUGUGCCGAGCAACCAAGCCUGAGACUUCGGAUAUAUGCGGUCCACUAGUACUUUUGCAGAUUUGGGCAUGGGAGAGAGUUCCCUUCAUCCGUCCUGGGAGGUUAGUACCCCAACAGCAGCCACCUCCUGAUAUGGUUUCUGGAGAGCAUCCUUUGCCUGCUGCCCCUUAUGGUUCCAGGUGGAAUAUUGGUUUCAAGUUGGAUAGUGUGGGAACACAUGUUUUAGUGUUAUACAGAGACCAACUAGAUAAUAUGAAGGAUGACCAGUUUGUAUGGGAGCCAUACCCCGAUGAUGUCUUGGCCAGCCUUCCUCAGUAUUGCAUAUCAGGUAGAAGAAUUUGGCAGACGGUGUCUCCUCUCAUCUGCUUUGAUGUGGUGGAGUUCCACCAUCCUGACCGUGCUCUACGCCAGUUUGGGCAGCAACAAACUAUCCCUGCUGUUUGUGACACUAUCCCAGAUAUCCAUUUGACUGAUCGUCGGGGAAGACAAAAUUACGACUGGGCCCAUCAUCACAGGCAGUUUGUUGAUAUGUGGACAGACCGGUUUGCUCGCAUUAUUUCUACACCUCCCAUUGAUGGUCCGAUGGAUCAGGGUGAUCCAUAUAUGUUGUGGUACCAACGCAUUACCCGUCUCUUGAUUGGAAAUCCUGCUAUUCGUCCAAAUACUGGAUAUCAGGGAGUUGGGGGUGCUAUGGAGUCAAUGGCCCAGAGCUUACAAAGAAUAUACCAUCGUGCCAGCGAUGCUAUGUACCAAGGCCAUGAGGUCACAGGGCAUGAUGUUCUCAGAGAGAUUCAGGAUAUAUGUGUAUAUUCACUGAGGGCAGCUCACGAGGACCACCGCCUCGCUGAAUGUCGCGACGCAAACCUAAAAGCUGCAUCCUCAGCUAUUCCACCAAAGGUACAGAGAGGUAGACCAAAGAAGAGAGGAGGGUUUGCAGGAGGAUCAGCUAGUGAGAGCCGAAGAAGAAUUCCACACUUACCAGUUACACCAUCCACUUCACUGGCACAGUAUAAUUCUCCAUCGCAGUCAAAUUUUCUUCCUGCAAAUGGUGAACUUCCAGAUACGCCACAGACAUGGGAUUCUUCACUAAAUUCUCCCGAUUUCCAAGAUCCGAACAUGAUGCAAAUGAAUUUGGAAGUUGCAGAUAGUUUGAAGCAAGAGGCUGCGUCAGUGUCAUUGGACCUUGCAGAAAACCCCAUCUUACAGGCCCUUGGGAAGAUUCGUGACAUUUGUGCAUCUGCUUUGCAAAUGACUAAUGGGAACCAGUCUUCGCUAUUGACACAGUCUGCCAUCUCAGUGGGUCCUAAGACAAAGCGAUGUAAACCGAGGAGGAGAGGUGGAAUUAGUGGACGACUGGUGAGUACAGGCGGUGACUUGGGAUCGUAUUAUCCAUCUUCACUAGGAUCAGCAUCACCAACACCAUCUUCUUCAUUGGGACCAAAUACUUCACGACCACACGAAAUUGUGGAUCAGGAUUUCGAGCCCUUCACUACACCACUCAUGGGGGACUCCCCACUGCCAGAAUUACAUGACACCAUGCAAUCAGAGAUGAUUGAGUUGGAUGACAUAACUGGAAGUAGAGAAGCUUCGCCAUAUGCUGCUAAUCCAUCAACGUCAGAGCCACAAUUCUGUCCCCGCGGUGACCAAAGUUCAGUUCCUCAGUUGACCAACAUGACACCCAAUUUUUUGAGGGAGGAUACUGCACCAGAACCAUUGGAUUCUUCUUGUACUGCACAGGUGGAUGCCAGACAGGUAGAGAACAUGGAUGGAGGCAUUGAAGUCUCACCACCCACACCUGACCCUCAAGUAUUGGAGCUACAACAUUCUCAGACUUUUGAAGAACCAGACUCCAAACCUGAAAUGCUCGAUGAGACUUCCUACACUAAAGGCAAUUCAGUGGUCUCUCAAUUUUCUCUGCAAGAGCAUAAAGUGUUGCCCGUGCAUCCAGACUCUGAUAAGGUGGCGAUGCAGGUUGAUGGACCAGACACUUACUCCGAGUCUGACCCUCCUACUGAAGCCCCUGUGACAUUGGACUCCACCAUCCCUUCAAAGAAAGAUGCGAGCCUCUCUCAGCAUGGUAAUCUGAGUACACCGGAAUCUUCUUCAUUGAAGACUCCAGUGACAUCUGUGCAUUCAGUUGAAGCAAUGCAGGGAGAUACGCCAGAUGCUGAUUCUGUACAAAGUGAUGGUGGCAAAAGGAAAGAACGUGCCCCAGACUACAUUGCUUUUGUAGGUUCAAGUCAUACAAGUGAUAAUGCCACAAGUUCGUGUGAUCUGGAUAUUGUUAAUGAUGAUGGCAAAACGAUAGCUAAGCCUCUGAAUGAGGAAGAGUUGAAGCUUACUCAGGCGGAUCCAGCAGCAGUGACAGAAGAUGGCCAGAAGAAAUACAAGAGACAAAGGCGAGUUCCAUCAAAACUAAGAUAGGGACUGGCUUGGCACAUAAUUUAACUUAUUUGGUGAUUGGAAGUGAUGAUAAACUUAUAACUAAUACCCGUUUCUCCAUAAAACAUUGUGUAUUAGGAUGAUCCUAUGUAAAUGAAUGAUUUUUAAGUUUUGAAGUGGAUAACAGGAUCCUCCUUUCGUUGAAACAAAUGUGGUCAUAAAUAUUUCUGUUGUAUGAAUAUGAAAAGAAUGCAACUUUCAGCAUGCUUACUUAUUUUGUCAU